UGGCUGCACUGGAGUUCUUGUAAAUGUUCCAGUCUGCUCCUUUGUCUGUACACAGUCAGAGUAAUUUUGUGAAAAAUUGGAUUUUGGAGCUGGACUGCAUGCUUUAAAACAAGCACUGUUUGAUAAGGAAUUUGACCUGAAUGCUCGACUGUUGUUUGUGUCUCCACACCAUCGUUUGAAUUUGAUAAGAGGUGAUGGACACACAGUCCAGCAUUCUCCCGGCUCACAUGGUGCCUGAUUUGAUGUAGAGACGCUCCAUAAGUGAGUGAGUGUUUAUGCUAUUCUGUUUCUUGGUCAUUGGGGAGGAGGAUAGCAACCGACACAGCAUGGCUUAGAGAGAAUUUAACUUGUGACUUUUUAUGGACUCUACCUUGUCUUAAGUUCUCAUUUGGAGGGACAUUGUGGAUCAAUGACUUCUACUUUUUUCUGCCUGCUUCAUUAAUUAUGACCAGAGUGGGAAGCAAAAUAAACGAGUGAAGCUUUCAAUAGAAAUUAUGUUUUGAACUGGACAUUUUCACUGGAUGCUGCGUUUUUGGAUUUCUGGAUAAGAUGAAUGGUGGUCUGUCUGAACUCUACUCUGAAGCACAGGGUGUUGUGCGUAAGGUGCUGGUUUCUGCAGAGAAUUUGCAACUCACACUGAGAUCGGACUUCAGUCAUGAGGAACACUCUCUCAGCUGCCAUCGCAGAGGCUGUCUAGAGGCAGAAACCACAGGGAAUGAGGACCUAAAGGAGAUGCUGGAGAGCAGCAAGGAGUCUAACAAACUGGAGGCCAUGAAGAGGGUGGUGGGGCUAAUAGCGAAGGGGAAAAAUGCAUCAGAACUGUUCCCUGCUGUAGUGAAAAAUGUUGCAAGCAAGAACCUUGAGCUGAAAAAGCUGGUUUACGUGUACUUGGUCAGAUAUGCAGAGGAACAGCAGGACCUUGCCCUCCUGUCCAUCAGCACUUUUCAGCGUGCUCUCAAGGAUCCAAACCAGCUGAUCAGAGCCAGUGCCCUACGGGUUCUCUCCAGCAUUCGUGUGCCAAUCAUUGUGCCCAUUAUGAUGUUGGCCAUCAAAGAGGCUGCCUCUGACCUUUCACCUUAUGUCAGGAAAACAGCUGCUCAUGCAAUACAGAAGCUGUACAGCCUGGAUCCUGAUCAGAAGGAGCACCUGAUUGAAGUGAUUGAGAAGCUGCUAAAGGACAAAAGCACGCUGGUAGCAGGGAGCGUGGUAGUGGCAUUUGAAGAAGUGUGUCCCGAGCGGAUUGAUCUGAUCCAUAAGAAUUACCGGAAGUUGUGCAACCUUCUGAUUGAUGUGGAGGAAUGGGGACAGGUGGUGAUCAUCAACAUGCUCACCCGCUACGCCCGCACCCAGUUCAUCAGCCCAUGGAGAGAGGACGUCGCUUUUGAUGAAAACAGUGAAAAGGCAUUCUAUGAUUCGGAUGAAGAGAAGAGAGAUGGCGCGGCACAGAAAAAGCCAUACGCGAUGGAUCCAGAUCAUAGAUUGCUGUUACGCAAUAUCAAACCUUUACUGCAGAGCAGAAAUACUGCUGUGGUGAUGGCUGUGGCACAGCUGUAUUGGCACUUGGCCCCUAAGCAUGAACUAAACAUCAUCAGCAAAUCUCUGGUACGAUUACUGAGGAGCCACAGGGAGGUUCAGUAUAUAGUGCUGCAAAAUAUUGCCACUAUGUCCAUACAGAGAAAGGGCAUGUUUGAAGUAUUCUUAAAGAGUUUUUAUGUAAGGUCAACAGAUCCUACACAUAUCAAAACACUCAAGCUGGAAAUACUCACUAACUUAGCCAAUGAAGCCAACAUCUCCACCAUACUACGUGAGCUGCAGACAUACGUUAAGAGCCAGGACAAAGAUUUUGCAGCUGCUACUAUCCAGGCAAUUGGAAGAUGUGCGACCAACAUCUCUGAGAUCACAGAUGCAUGUCUCAAUGGCCUUGUGCUAUUGCUUUCUAGCCAAAAUGAAACCGUUGUAGCAGAGAGUGUGGUGGUCAUUAAGAAGCUGCUCCAGACACAGCCCUUACAGCACAGCGAUAUCAUCAAACACAUGGCUAAGCUGUUUGACAGCAUUACGGUACCCAUGGCAAGGGCAAGUAUUCUGUGGCUCACUGGUGAAUAUUGUGAGCAUGUGCCAAAAAUCUCUCCUGACCUUCUGAGGAAAGUGGCCAAAAACUUCACUAAUGAAGAGGACAUUGUUAAAAUGCAAGCAGUCAACCUUGCAGCCAAACUGUACCUCACCAACUCCAAACAGACCAAGCUGUUGGUGCAGUACAUUCUAAACCUGGGGAAGUAUGAUCAGAACUACGACAUCAGAGAUCGUACAAGGUUUAUCCGGCAGCUGAUAGUUCCCAAUGAGAAAAGUGGUGCUUUGACCAAAUACGCACGACGAAUUCUGCUGGCACCCAAACCUGCCCCUGUCCUGCAGUCUGCCUUUAAAGAUCGGGAUCGUUUUCAACUCGGCACACUGUCCCACACUCUGAACUCUAAAGCCACAGGCUAUCUGGAGCUAUCUGAUUGGCCGGCUGUUGCUCCUGACCAGUCUGUCAGAAAUGUGAAGGUGGUGGAAACGGUGAAUGAAUGGGCUCCAUCUGUCAGCAAAGCCAAAGCUGCCAAAUCAGAUGACAAGUUCUACUCCGACUCUGGAGAGGAAGAAGAGGAAGAGGAGGAAGGAUCAGAUAGUAGCAGUAGUAGCAGCAGCAGCAGCAGUAGCAGCAGUGAAGACUCAAGCAGCAGCACAGAGAGUGAGGACAAUGAUGAAAGUAGCAGUGAGUCUGAAGAGAGCUCCAGCCAAUCAGAGGAGAGCAGCAACUUGGGUUCUGACAAGAAAAAAAGGAAAACUCAGAAAAACAAAGAGCUUCAGCGGGGCACCAAACCCAGUAAAGACAGUGACUCGGAUGCGAGCCAAAACAACAGGCAUUUGGAUAAAGCUAGUAUGGGAGGCGAGUCGAGCAGUUCAGAGAUGACUAGCUCAGAGUCUGACUCUGAUUCCGACUCUCCAACUAAACAGAAACCGAAAAGCACACCCCAAUCGGUCAAGAAGGUGGAGGAGAAGCCUAAGAAAACAAAAGAGAUUUCUCUCCUGGAUCUGGAUGACUUUUCACCUACUGUAGUUACCACACCCAAGAGUUCCAUCCUCUCCCCACAUCUUCUGUCUGACCUGCAAGGCCUUUCACUUUCUGCCUCCUCCACCCCAGCCAUACAGGUGGCCAGUCCCAUGUUUGUUCCAGUUCAUUCUCACGAGCUUCUCCACAGCAUGACUGGAAAAGGCCUGGCUGCUCACUAUCACUUUCCCCGGCAACUGUGUAUCUAUGGUAACCACAUGGUUUCUCUUCAACUGACACUUAGCAACCACAGUGACCAUGUCCUCCACAACAUCCAUAUCAUGGAGACAGCAUCCACCGGUCAGAAAAUCCACUGUUUCAGCCCAAUUGAGAGUUUGGAGCUGGAGGCAUCAGUAACAGUUUCACUUGGAGUGGAUUUUAAUGACUCAACACAGGCAGCCAGUUUCCAGUUGUGUACCGAAGAAGAUCGGUUCAAUGUGUCUAUCCAGCCAGCAGUGGGAGAACUGCUACUUCCUGUCACCAUGUCUGAACAGGACUUUAACCAAGAGCAAGGAAAGCUGCAGGGAAUGAAUGAAUGCUCAGCCUCAGUCACCAUGUCAUCCAAAAACAUCGUAAUCACUGACAAGGUCAUGAAUGUGGCUAACAUGGGUGUGGUGCCUUCUGGAGAAAAUAACAUCCACAGGUUUGCAGCCAAGCUGGUGAGCUCCGGCACCCUGGUGUUGGUGUGUGUGGUGCAGAAAGAUGCCAGUGCUCAACUAACUGUCAACACGGAAAAGACGGUCAUCGGCUCCAUGCUGCUCCACGAGCUUCAGAUAGCACUUGGUGCUGCAUAGAAUACACCUUAUACCACACACACACACACACACACAUUAACUAAAACCUACAUAGAAUACACAGGCUGAGUGAGUGAGUGACCGACAGAUGAACAAAUGGACGGAUGGACACAUUAUUUUCUUCUGUUCCAAUGACUGUAAAGGGCAGGCUAAAUUCAUCGUUCCCCUGGUUUUGCAUAAAUUGUAUUUGGACCAGCAAUUUCAGCAUUUCUUAUCCAUUUCUUAUUUUUUUGUAGUACACAAGUCGGUAUGUGAACAACCUUCUUAUAUAUAGUUGAGUUACAUCUUGUUCCCACAUAAAUGCAUACUGAUACAUGUAUUUUUACUUGUACGAUCAUUUAAAAAAACAUUUUAGCUGUUACACCAUAAAGAUUUUUUUUUCCAGUCUCCAGAUUCUCAAUAGCCAAUUGUAGCACUGAUUUAACAAAGUGAUUGCUUUAAUUCAAUGACCUUAGGUCUUUCUUGCAAAGAAACCUUGCGUAAAAUGAUUUGAAGGAAUACUUUGGUUGUAUUUCUAUCCUGUUCUGUAUUUACCAUCUGUAUGUGCACUUACUGCAGACCAGCUGUUCCCUGUACUGAGAAACAUUUUCUGAAAAAUAAAACUCGUAAUAGAAAAAUAAAUAUGCAUUAGUUAAAUUCA